GUAAAGGGAGAAACGUUUCAGAGUGCGCAUGGGAGUCGGUCGGAGCGCGCGUGCCAAUGUCCGACCGCGCGCCCCGCGCUUAAUAUAAAAGCAUCCAAUCCAAAAAUAUAAAUAAUAAUUAAACAGAAACCGAAGUCAGGCUCAAAGGAACAAAGAACAAAUUCGAAUAACAAAACGGAACUCGAUAGUAACAAAAUGAAGUCGUUCGAAAUCCGAACUUAGCGCCAUAUUUGAACGUUUUGGCGAAAUUUUCAAAUUUUGGAUUCUGGAUUCGCGUUCCGUUACGCGCUUGUUUCUUGUUUUUUUUUUUUUUGAACAGUGAAGUUUUAUUUUUGUGCUUUGGAAUAUUCUUUUUUCUGUUUUUUUUUUGUUAUAUUUCGGUUCAAACGCACCACGGACAUGUUGUUGAACUGGUACAUAUAAAAAUGGCCGAUAUAAACAAUUGCACCACAAAAGCUUAGCGCGUUAGAAAAAGAUAGCAGCACACGAAAACUUCAUAAAAGAGCGCCAAAGAAAAGGACACAAGAUGUCGUUAGUGGCGCCGAGGAGAGUUCAACUGGACUGGACAAAUGCCAUACCUUGGGAACAGGAACCUUGCGAGAGGCAGUCUUCCUUCAAAGAGAAAGCGCCUCACCAAUCUGAUAAUAGAUCUGAGUCUUCGACUUCGUCUGCCGACACAGCAUCGCAGGGCUCCGGUUCUGCCGCUCCGGUACAGCGUCAAACAAGAAAUGAACCACAGAGGGAAGUGCGGCGUGAGGAAGCCGCCAGCGCCCAGCCCCGCAUCCAAGCCAACCCACUACUAAGGUCCCGCACCCUACCGAACUUCGGCGGUCGCGUGUCGAGGGAGGCGUCCCGCUGCGACACGUCCCGCCGCGCGCACCACAUCACGAUGGCCUCCGAGGACCUGCUGCAGCCGGGACACGUCGUCAAGGAGCGAUGGAAGGUGGUGAAGAAGAUCGGAGGAGGGGGCUUCGGCGAGAUCUACGAAGGUCUGGACUUGGUCACCCAGGAACAGGUGGCUCUGAAGGUUGAAUCGGCCCGACAACCUAAACAGGUGCUGAAGAUGGAGGUGGCCGUGCUGAAGAAACUUCAAGGCAAGGAGCACGUGUGUCGAUUCAUAGGAUGCGGCAGGAACGCGAGGUUCAAUUACGUCGUGAUGCAGCUGCAGGGCAGGAACCUGGCCGAACUCAGGAGAGCUCAGCCGAGGGGGGCGUUCUCCCUCUCCACUACUUUAAGAUUAGGACUGCAAAUACUCAAAGCCAUAGACUCAAUACAUUCGGUCGGAUUUUUACAUAGAGAUAUUAAGCCGAGUAACUUCAGCAUAGGUCGUCACCCGUCAAACUGCCGCAAGGUGUACAUGCUGGACUUCGGCCUGGCGCGGCAGUACACCACCAGCAACGGGCAGGUGCGGCCCCCCAGAGCGGCGGCCGGUUUCAGAGGCACCGUGAGAUACGCAUCGAUCAACGCGCACAAGAAUAAGGAGAUGGGACGUCACGACGAUCUGUGGUCUCUCUUCUACAUGCUGGUGGAGUUCGUCAACGGGCAGCUGCCCUGGAGGAAGAUCAAGGACAAGGAGCAGGUCGGUCUGAUGAAAGAGAAAUACGACCACCGCCUCCUCCUGAAGCAUCUCCCGUCGGAGCUGCGCCAGUUCCUGGAGCACGUACAGCAGCUGGAGUACGCGGACACGCCGGACUACGCCAUGCUGACCUCGCUGCUGGAGAGGUGCUGCAAGAGGAGGGGCAUACGGGACUCCGACCCCUACGACUGGGAGAAAGAGGCCGUCUGCGUGUCCCGGACGCGAGCCUCCGUCCAUCCGGCGCCGGAGCACGCGCUGCCGACCGAAACGCAACCGGACAUUAGCCGGCGGCGUCCCGACACGGAGCUGACGGCGGCCGUGGCGACGGACACGCAGACGAAUCCACAGAAAGACAAGCCCGUGGAGAAGCGGGCGUCCCCCGCUUCUCCCGCGUCCCCCCGCCACGCAGCGCACGCGCCGCACGCGGCCCACGGACCGCACCAGCACAACGGCUAUUCCACCACCGAGAAGCCGACCGUGGAAAAGGAGGUGGAAGUCAGAACGACACCAGCGCCCUCGCCCGACAGACAUGCCAAGCAAGAGACGAGUAAUGCGGCGCUGACCGCGGGUGCCCGGCCGGAGCGCCAAAGCGUCCCGCCGUGCAAGCCAAGGCCCCCCGCCCCCGGAGGUCCGACCCUGGCGCGGCUGCGCGUAGUCACGGCGCCGCCCACCUGCGUGCAGGACCUCGCGCAUACUCCGCCCACGCCCGGCGAAUCUGUCAGUCCCAGGAUAGUGGCUGACGUUGACAGCAUGCAUUCGGACACGCAUUUCAAGCGCGCAGGGCGGCGGGCGGCCCGCGCUCGCGCCGACCAGAGCUACACGCAGUUCGCCGUCAUGGACGACGAGAACGUCUCCGCCCUGCAACAGGUGACGAAGGGUGGCGCUCUGACGCUGGUCUCGCUGUGGAAGUCGCAGUUCGACGACUCCGAGGAGACAACCGACAACGAGUGGAAACAGGAGCAGUUACAGUCGCCGGAGCACCGCUGCGGGCGCGUGUCGAGCUGCUCGCGCACGCAGCCGCAGCACUCGCAGUCCGCGCACACGGCGCUGCACCAGCAGCAGCCGCCCCCCGCGCCGCCCGCCCCGCAGCCGCCGGUACGUGGCGCCCGACUGUACUGUGUGCAGCCGGAUCCGCCUCCUCCGCCGUCUCCUCCUGUCCCAACGGUGCGACCGCCGGCUCCCCCGCGCCCCCCUCCCGCCCCCCGCUGUCUGUACAUACCGGGAAUCGACGCCUACCCACGACUGCAACCCACGCUGCCGCGCUGCUGGUCGCUGCCCGCAAUAGGUGAGCACAUCAGGUCGCUGAGCGCGCCGCUGGUGCAGCAGGCGUCGUUCGACGGCGUCGGGUACCGUGUGGACGUGAUGCGGGGCGUCGCCGCCAGGAUGACGCGCGCGCCCGCCACGCCGCCGCCGCGCGCACGCACGCUGCCCAGUCUGUCGAGUUCGAGCAACUCCGCGCCCGGGGCUGAAGUCCGCCCGGCGAAGCCCUGCGAGGCGGAGGGCGCCACGGUCUCCAGCCGGCUCGAGAUCCGGGUCAGGCCGGCCCCGCACGACAGCGCUUCGCCCCACCACUCCGUUAAAAUUCACUCUGUAGUGUGCGGGGGCGAAGGCCUGAGACCGAACCACGAGGAGGCGUCGGUCUACUACGACGCCACAGAGCACCAGAGAGACAAACGGUCCUCGACACGCAGCGUCGAGAAGAGCCACAGCCCUGCCGUGGAGCGCACCAAGCUGGACUCAGUGCCUGACAGGAGCUGCAUAGCAUUUAUCAAGAGGGACAUCAGGGAGGCGACCAGCGGCGCCGGCGACGCCUCCCAGAGCCUGAGAGAUCGAUCAUCAGGCAGCGCCAGCACGUCGCGCAUCCCCGUGGCCAGCGCGGAGCACCGCCUCGCCAAGUGCGCCUCCUGGAGCGGCGACGGACCGCUCUGCGCCGACCUCACGCCCGCAUUGAGGAGACGAAGGCAGAAUGCGAAUGAGAAGUACGCCGCGGACCCCGCCCGGGAGCUGAACCUUCGGUUCGCGAGACCGCGGCACCGGCAGCCGCAGCAGCACCCCAGGGCCGGCGCGCACAGCUCCUCGUCGUCGGGCUCCCCGCCCCCCGCUCCCCCUGCGCCCGCCGCCGCGCCCCCCGCGUCCGCCGGCGCGCCGCACAACGCCGCGCGCGCCCGCCGCUUCCGCCCGCUAUCCAUCGCCCCCUAGGAUCUCUUGAUGACGUCACAGCGAAGAAGGACCCCCCCGGACCUCGGACUUGUAUAAACGUGUGACAGCAAACUGUCCCCUCGGCGGUCCGACACGGGGACCGCUUAAUAUCGCCGGGCGUGUACGCGAAUCUCGAUUGUAAAUGUUUAAUUUUAUCGUUGAGGCACUGUAAAUGGUGAUUUUUUUGAAGAAAGACGCGUAAUGUGUUUGUAGAUAUGUUUUUACGCUUCUCGACUUAGCGUCGGCAGAGCGGUCUGCUCGUUACUAAAGUGCGAUUGGAGAGCAUGCAUGACUUUACGUGCGGACUGGCUUCGCAUCGGCAGUCCGUCGACGCGUGGCUGGAGCGAAUCCGAUCUUGUUCUUCGCUUAGCAUCGACUGUACAGUAUUCUAGUCUUCGCCAUUCGAAAACAUAUUAAAAAGCUUUAAAAAAAGCUCAUGAAGUCAGAAGCAUAAAGUUUGAUCCGCUGUCUCCCGAAAUUGCUUUUAUCUGGAUUUGUGGGUAGUUUUUUUUUUUCGAUAAUAUUUUUUAAUGAAAUCCCCUCUGAAUCCAAAUACUUGCAUAGAGUAUAGUGUGCACCAUAAAGUACUAAUGAAACGCAGUGAAAUUGGUUAGGACAAUUUGCGCGCCCCCUAUCAUACACCAACGGUAUUAUAACGGGACUUCCCCGGAUAACAACUGUACCAGAUUAUGUCGCAAUCGGACGAGCUGCUUACAAACGGACAUACAAACGUUCUAUUAUUACUAUAUAUAUUUUUAUUGCUUAUAUGGGUGGACGGGCUCACUGCCCACCUGGUGUUAAGUGGUUACUGGAGCCCAUAGACAUGUACAACGUAAAUGCACAACCCACCUUGAGUUAUGGGUUCUAAGGUCUAAAGUUCUAAGGGCAAAACACAAAAAUACACGGUCCAGAAUUUGUGGCAGAUUCAAAAAACAUUCGGUGUAUAGAGGAGAAUGAAUCUAUGAUUUUCAACAAGCAUUUGACUUCACAGCUCUCCGAUAUAUAUAAGACACAUUAUGGGGGGUAGCAUUAAAAAAUUUAAACAUACUUAUCGAGGGGUGAAAAGCUGUUUGGCUUGAACGACAUUUCGCUUAACACGCGACAUUUAUCUUUGUAAUUAAAUAUGCGUUUUACUGGUGGUAGGACCUCUUGUGGGUCCGCGCGGUCAGGUACUACCACCCUGCCUAAUUCUGCCGUGAAGCAGUAACGCGUUUCGGUUUGAAGGGUGGGGCAGCCGUUGUAACUAUAGUUGAUAUCUUAGAACUUAUAUCUCAAGUUGGGUGGCGCAUUUACAUUGUAGAUGUCUAUGGGCUCCAGUAACCACUUAACACCAGGUGGGCUGUGAGCUCGUCCACCCAUCUAAGCUUGGUUCAGAACUUCCAUUAAGUUUAAUCUAUUCAAAUAGCUGAAGAAGUUUUUUUUAAUGAUAUAAAUCUAAAUUUUUAAUUGCUCUCCUGUAAUGUUGCAAAAUUUUCACUUAAACCAAAUAUCCUUUCGCCCCUCGAUAUGUGUUCAAUAUUGAGUAAGUCUUGAAACGCGUUUUAAGCUCGAUGGAGCUUUGAAUGUUUUCCGUAAGUUCGCCAAAAACGACUUCCGACUAUGGCACGAUUCGUGAUCCCAAUAGAAACAAUUGGUCGUUCAAAAUGAAAGUACAAUUUAAGUCAAAUCCUUUGAACAACGUUACGUGUUUUGUAUCUAAUUAAAUAAUUUAGCGUUUACAAACAAAAAUAAAUAAAAAUAUUAUAAUAUAAAAUGAACAACGUAAAUUUUAACGUUAUAUUAUAAAUAUAUUUUUUAAAUGAUGCGGUAGCUUUCAUCAAGUUUACGUCUGUGAAAAUGGUGAUAAAUUUCCUUAAAAAGUUCAGUAAAAUAUAUAUAUAUAUAUAUAUUAUCAUGUGAAAUGAUGUUUAGACGCCAUUACGUUCUAGUCUCGCUGUUUAGUUUAGUUUUAAAACAACAAAUUCGUUAUGAUAAUUAUAAACGAAAUAUAUAAAUGAAUAGGUAAUAAGGUCUUCGAGAAGGUGUUGCUACGUUUUGUUUGUAUUUAUUUGGCUGGCAACACCGAGCUUGGUGCUGCCAGCGUCCGCAGCUCGUUGCUCACCGAACAUUGCAACACCGGUUUUAAUUUUAGAGUUAAUGUGGAACAUUACGAUUGGAUAAUGCCGCGCCUGUAUGCAAACACUUCGUUUCCACGCAAAUCAAUACUUGCAUUUCAUUAACACUAAUCAUACCAACACUUACUGGUACCUAUUUCUACCGUACCAAAAUAAACAAAUAAAAAUAAAAUAUAAUUGCUGUAGAUCAAUUGGUAAGAAAAAUCAUGGAGUCAAACGUGAAAAAGCCAUAAGUUGUUAUGUGAAUUUACAAUGCAUACGUUCAAAUUGCGUCACUUGGCCCGCUAUGGUAUGCUUAGUGUUAAUCUGAUUGAAUUUCUGUAUGGCCUUUACAAUUCAUACAAAAAAUGAGGCCAUCAUCGUAAAAGUGGCCUAACCCACAAUUUUUCAAAAUUGGUGCUUCUAAAUAGCAAUUUAUCUGAAACAAAAGAAAUUUUGACGCCAAAACCGACCUAUCCCUAGUUUCAGUGAUAGAUAACAGAUAGCGUUGUAAACAUUAUUUUCGCGCGUAUUGUCUUUGCCUACGAAGCGGUGUAAAAGUAAAUUCGGCCCUCAUUAACUCCAUACUAACUAUGAUAAGCUUAGGCCAAUUUUGCGCUGGCUGCCUCAAAUAUAAAUUAGCGCGGUUUUUUCUGUCAAACGUUCUAGUCUAAUGCGACUUCCGUCUUCUAGGGAAUAAAAAUAAAAUAAAUACAAUAUUUAGAAACAUAUUUUUGUCAUACUAUGAAUAAUGUAUAUAAUGAUGAUGUUAAAUAUCGAUAUAUCUGUGUAUAUAUAAUAUCCCACGUACAUAACGAUUAAGUGAGAACAGAAAUAUGAUUGACACACAGUUGACUGUUUAAGUAAAGCCUAUUGUUAUACAUCGGUAAUGAAAAAUUCAAGAAAUGUCGUUGAUUUGUUCGAGAUGAUACAAUCAUCUCGUUAUUACAUCGCACCGCCCACCACCGGAGCAGAGUUCAUCCACAGCGCGUUUCCAGAGAUCUUUUUUGCCACGUACCAUCCGGCUUUGGAAUGAGCUCCCCUCCACGGCAUUUCCCGAGCGCUAUGACAUGUCCUUCUUCAAAUGAGACUUGUGGAGAGUAUUAAGCGGUAGGCAGCGGCUUUGCUCUGCCCCUGGCAUUGCUGACGUCCAUGGGCAACGGUAUCCACUCACCAUCAAGUGGGCCGUAUGCGCGUCUGCCUACAAGGGCAACAAAAAAAAGUUAUCAAUAAAUGGAAAUGGUAUAAAUGGAAUUAUACAAAGCGCCUGGAUUGCCUAACUAUAAUGAAAUGAAAAUGAAUGAAAUGCGUUUACCUCAGGCAACUUAAGCCCAUAAAUGUUCACAUACAAUUACAUAAUUAUUAAAUCAAAAUACCGUACAAUUAAAAUUACAAUUUAUCAGAAUUACUAAGAAUAAAAAUCUAAUCGAAUCAAAUGAAAUUGUAUUAAAAUUAUUAAAAUUAAAAUUAUCAACUACUAAUAUAAAAAUUGCAAUUAAAUAAAUACAAUACUUUAAUUCUACUUAUAAAUAGAUUCGUUAUCAGUAUCGUUCCCGGAGUCUACUCGAUAUUCCGGUGUCUUAGUAACAGAAAUCGACAUAAUUACUUCAGUGCGCCGCGUAGGGCACCGGUGGCCUACACAACAGUGAAAGGAUUAAAUAAACAAUUCAAUUGUGUUCUCACUCAGUCGUUGGGGCAUACACACGGACGCCUGUACGGGAAAUCAUGUUUAUUUGAAUCUAGCGUGAUUGCGCUUUUGUUUUUAAGCAACGCAUGCGAUUUAUCUAACGCGACAUCAGAGCCAAAACGAUCGAAAUGCCCAUUUUAGAACGUCUCAUAAUCAACCGUGAUCCGACUGUCUCAAGCUAUAUUGUUAAACGUCGAUUUGGAGGCGUUAUUUACUUUGUUAGAAAUUAACCGAAUGUAACUUAGAAUUUUAUGGUGAUGUUUGUUAAGUAACAAAAUAUGCACAUAUCGGCUUAGGAUGUCACCGCCGUGAUCCAAUAUAACGUAAGGGCCUUCUAUUAUUAGGUACGACGCUGUCAUCACAGUUUCAUUAUAGCGUAAAAAUAAGCUUUUCGAGAUGAAUGUUGUUAAAAAUUAAGCAAUAAUGAAAAAAUAUUCAAAUAAAAGCAGCGUUAUAAAUUUUGAUAGCAUUUAAUGAAACGAGUUCUAUUCUGUCAGUUACUGUCAAGUGUCAAAGCGAGAGGCGGGAAGUUGAAGACAUGUUUGAAUCUUUUUUUUUAAAUGACAACAGAGUUGGCUGUGGUGUCGAAAACGUAAUUCCUUACAGGUGUCUAUAUUAUUUUGUUAGAUACAUUAAUAUUUAAGUCCGCAUGUAUGUAUAUGGCAGUUUAAAGUUAUUUACGUUAAAAUGUCGCACGCUCGUCUCGUUCGUUCAUUUGCAAUGUAUUUUUUUUUAUAUGUUUACCGAAUGCACAAUGACAUUUAAUAAAAGGUAAUUUUGUCCUUG